UUUCCAGGACAGAUGUCUGGCAAUAACUGCACUGCUGUGACUGAAUUCAUUAUUUUGGGGUUAACAGAUGACCAAACCCUUUGUGUCGUCCUCUUUGUGAUAUUUCUGGGUGUCUAUGCUAUCACCUUAUUUGGUAACCUUAGCAUAAUCAUAUUGAUCAGAAAUAGCUCCCAGCUUCACACUCCAAUGUACCUUUUCCUGAGCCACUUGGCUUUUGUGGAUAUCGGUUAUUCUUCUUCUGUCACACCUCUCAUGCUCAUCAGUUUCCUUAUGGACAAGACCUCAAUCCCUCUGGGUGGCUGUGUGGCUCAGUUUUGUUUUGCUGCCACCUUUGGGACAGCUGAGUGUUUCCUGCUGGCUGUGAUGGCCUAUGAUCGCUAUGUGGCCAUCUGUAGCCCCCUCCUCUACUCCACCCACAUGUCUACCAGGGUCUGCACUCUGUUAUUCAUCACAUCCUAUCUAGGUGGUUGUGUAAAUUCUUGGAUCUCUACUGGUUGCUUACUGAAUCGGUCCUUCUGUGGAUCCAAUGAGAUCAAUCACUUUUUCUGUGAUUAUUCACCGCUUCUGAAAAUUUCCAACUACCAAGAUGAUCUUGCUGAAGUUCUCCCUGCUGCCUCUGCUGGGUCAGUACUUAUGAUCACAGUGUUAAUUAUUCUAAUCUCUUAUGUAUACAUCCUCUUCUCUCUCCUGAAGGUAAGGUCCACUGAGGGGAGAUCUAAAGCUCUUUCAACUUGCACCUCCCACCUCACAGCAGUCACUCUGUUCUAUGGGACCCUUACAUUCAUUUAUAUGAUGCCAAAUAGCUACUCAACAGAUGAAAAUAAAGUGGUGUCUGUUUUCUACACUGUAAUGAUCCCUAUGUUGAACCCCCUGAUCUACAGUCUAAGGAACAAUGAAGUAAAAGGGGCACUGAGGAAACUGAUGAGUAGGAAGCAUCUUUUUUCAUGAAUUCAGCUCAGCACAACAUGUACCAACCAGUACAUCCUGUGUCUCAGGCACUAUGUUUGGUUUCAUGGAUGCAAGGACAGAAAUGAAACAUUCUCAUACUUUAAGGAUCUAAUAUACUCUCGAUAAUGGCAAUG